CCUCGAAGCCGCGCGGAACGGACGUUGGGCUCGAGUACGCGACAACACCUCGUGCCGUAUCUCUCAAGGGGAUUUUAUUUAAUCUCCCGUCGCAGAGUUCGCGCAUACGGAUCAUCGACAUACGUGAACGUAAGACUGAUUCGUCCCGCCCGUCGUUUACCUGGAAACGACCUGCGUGAGAGUCUUCAGCGCGCGAUACCAAGUGCUCCGUUCGAGAGGCCUCGGCCUAUCAUCGCGAUAUCGACGCGUGAACGGAGAAGAGAGACGGACAAGAUUACGCGUCCCGGCAGUGCCGCGAAGAGAAUCGCGAUUCGCGAGUAUCUCAGUGAACGUAGGUGCGUAUAUCGUGUUAAUUCGCGCGCAUUUCGCGUACGCAAGAUCGGGCAGAAGCGCGUUAUUUAUCCUAUCAGUGCGUGUCUCGCGAGUGUACAUUGACAGUUCGAAAUACGUAUAUAAAUAUAGUUGUUUUUUUCCGUUCUCUCCAUUCUCGAAUCUGAUUAUUCUGAUUUCUCGUUUGAGCAUUACCUCCGUCUAAAUUUUAAUCCACGAUCCGCAACAUAGAAGAAGCGGAUGUCUCGCGUGAAGCUAGGAACAAUGACAACGGCAACGACCGGCUCGAAACAUCGUGGAACGAAUUAGGCGUGCCGUGAUCGACGGGAGUCCGCGACGCAGGAUCACGCUGAGGAACGGAAACGUGUGUCCCAAGGACAGACGCACGAGGUGUCCGACGGGACAUCAUGUAUGACGCGAGACGAUUGCGCCGGGUUCACGACCGGUCGUGCUGAUCGGUCCCAUUAUCAGGUCGUCAAUCUAACGCGAGGAAUGUGCCAUAUCUCGCCGUCGAGAUAUUUCCGGUGACAGCGAGUGUACUUAGGACGUGCCUAACUGGCGAAGAAAAAUAGGAAAGAAGAAAUAUCCUGGAAAUCAGCCGAGAAACAUAGCGUGCGAGUAAAAGGGGAGAGAAAAGAAGAUUUCGAAGAAUAGAGGGAUGACGUCAUAAUUCGACCGUGUUCAUUCGCGUAAAAGAAUCCCCACGACGCCGAUAUGUCGCGGAUUGCACCAGGGAACGGCUCGUACGGCCACGACAGGUCGACGACGCAGUGAGACAAUUGCCGGUUUUCUGAAUGCGAAGCUACGUUUUUUUUUUUCCCGCGAGAAAAUAGAGAUAAUACUCCGCGUCGGUGUAAGUGAUAUUAUAGCCGAGAGAAACCGAGGAUAAAAGCAGUGAUUUCGUGGUUCGUUGGUGCUGGUGCUAAAUAUGUUAGAUUAGGUUAGGUGAUAAUAAAGGUGCCGGUAAAGAAAGGAAAGCGCCGUGCUAAUCACCGUGAGUUUUGUCGUCGCGGACGAGAAAGGAAUUUCGUGCGAGCAAGAAGGAGAAGGACAUCGAAAAGACUCUAAGUGUCACAUAGUGCGAUUUUAGAAGACGCAAGUGAUACGUUUUUCGUUCAUCAUCGACCUUUCGCGAGACUAGCGACCGCGUAGGAAUGGAAAGAUCGAGAUAAUAUCACGAAGACGGGAGAGGAGGAGGAGGAGGAGGACGGCCGUGGUGUUGGAGACCCCCAGGAUGCGGCAUCUGCUACUGUUCCUCGUCCUGGGAGCGACCCUCGCUCCGGGCGCGCUGCCCGAGCACGUAAAGUACCUGGAGGUCUCCGAGAAUGCGCGGCCGGGUACUAGGGUGGGCUUUAUCGACGCCGACAAUCCGCCGUACCUAAUAGUGUCAGUGCCGGGUUCAUCGGUCGAGUCCGAUCUGAUCGUCGAUCAGGGGACAGGCGAGAUAAGAACGAGGGUACAGCUAGACCGCGAGACCCGUCCGUCGUAUAGUCUGGUGGCGUUGCAACAGAACAUACAGGUCGUCGUGAAUGUCCUUGACGAGAACGAUAACGCGCCAACCUUUCCCGUGGACCAUGUGGACGUGGAGUUUCCGGAGAAUUCACCGCGCGACGCCAAACGAGCAUUACCACCGGCCAAGGAUCCCGAUCUCGGCCAAUACUCGACGCAACGCUACGAGAUCGUAUCCGGCAAUCACGGCGACGUCUUCCGGCUAUCGCAGCAUCGUGGCCGCGACGGUGUCCUCUAUCUAGACUUGCAGAAUUCCGGCUCGCUGGAUCGGGAGGCGCGUUCGCGUUAUCAUUUGGUGAUCGAGGCGCUCGAUGGUGGAACGCCACCGCUCCGGUCGAGCCUGCACGUGAACGUGACGGUGCAAGACGUCAACGACAAUCCGCCCAUCUUCAAUCAGACGCGCUAUGUCGCGUGCGUGCCGGAGAAUGCAACCGUCGGCACACCGGUACUGGCGGUGAACGCGACUGACGCCGAUGCCGGUGACAAUGGUCGCAUCGAGUACUCCAUCAAUCGCCGGCAGUCGGAUCGCGAGGAGAUGUUCCGCAUCGAUCCGGAGACCGGUAUGGUCUACGUCAACAAGGCCCUCGACUUUGAGUCUAAGGAACGGCACGAGCUGGUGAUCGUCGCCCGGGAUCGUGGCGCCCAACCGCUGGAAGCUAGCGCCUUUCUAUCUGUACGCGUGACUGAUGUCAAUGACAAUCAGCCGGCCAUCACUGUCAUCUUCCUAUCGGACGACGCGACCCCCAAGAUCAGCGAGAGCGCGCAACCCGGCGAAUUCAUCGCCCGGAUAUCCGUCAGUGAUCCCGAUUCUAGAACGGAAUAUUCGAACGCGACAGUUACGCUUACCGGUGGCGAGGGUCACUUUGGCCUGGCCACGCGAGACAACAUCAUCUAUCUAGUGGUGGUGGAACGUCCACUGGAUCGCGAAGAGAAGCCCGUCUACGAUCUGUCAGUGGAGGCAACGGACGCCGGAACUCCACCGCUUCGUGCCGUGCGCACCUUUCGACUGCUCGUCACCGACGUCAACGACAACGCGCCCAAGUUUGUGCAGGAGAGAUACGAGGCUCAUCUUCUGGAGACAUCCGAGCCUGGCACGUCGGUGCUACAAGUGACCGCGACCGAUCUCGACGAAGGCGCAAACUCGGCCGUACGUUACUCCCUGCUCAACACGACGUCGUGGUUCGCGAUCGACGAGAUCACCGGACUCAUCAGCACGGUGACGCACGUGGAAUGCGAGAUCGACCCGGCGCCGAUCCUCGUGGUGAUCGCGACCGAUUCCGGACGGCCGCCCCUGAGCAGCAGCGCGACCGUACGCGUGACAGUGCACGAUUACAACGACAACGAGCCGAUCUUCGAGAAGCCGCUCUACAACGCCACCGUGCCAGAGGACAUGCCCGUCGGACGCUGCUUUCUCAAGGUGCAAGCCACCGAUCCUGAUUGCGGCGUAAACGCGAUGGUCAAUUAUACCCUGACUGGCGGUCGACUGGAAAGCGAGCAGCUCCUAGUACGCAGUGAUACGGGAGAUAUUUGCGUUCGGUCGCCUCUGGACAGAGAAACAGCGCCUUAUCUAGAGCUACCCGUCAUUGCCACCGAUCGAGGUGGAUUAAGUACGAUAGCGAUUGUGCGCAUCCAGGUGACGGAUGUGAAUGACAACUGGCCGAUUUUCGAACCGCGUAAAUAUAACGUGACUUUGCGUAGCGACAGUGCCGCACACGGUCCGAUCUUACGGGUAGUAGCGACCGAUCUCGAUGCCGGUCUUUCCGGCCAAAUCGCCUAUCGCAUCACUAGCGGCAACGAGGCCGGAGUCUUUCGCAUCGAUCGUAAUACUGGCGAGUUGCACGUGGCGAAACCGGGCCUGCUUUCGCGAUUGCCCUUGCAUCAGCUCAACGUGACGGCGACUGAUGCUGCCGGCCUGCAGAGCCUUGUUGACGCCGAGGUCAAGGUCACCGUCUCUUCCGCCGGACACAGAAUCGCCACCUGUGAGAAACCGCGCUACACUAUCACGGUCAAGGAGAGUAUCCCACAAAAUAGCAUCGUCGGCGGAGUAAAGGACAUCACGACAGCGUCAUCCUCUUCGACAGGCGAACGACCAAGCAGGUUUUAUCUGGUAAGAGAGGAAGCUGAUCUCUCGUUGGAUCCCAACACGGGGAUGCUGAGGAUUCGACAGCCGCUCGAUCGGGAAUCACGUGACAAAUAUGUUCUCAGCAUCGAGGCACGUAAUGGCGGCUCCGUUGGAUAUUGCCAGAUGGAAUUGAUCGUGGAGGAUGUAAACGACAAUACGCCGUCGUUUCGCACGACUAGCGUUCGCAUCUCGGUGCCGGAAUCUCAUCCUCUUCAUAUACCCUUGUACGUGGCGCAUGCUACCGAUCCGGAUACCACGCCAUCGCUGCCGAUACGCUAUGUCCUCGGUCAAAACAGCAACGACCUCUUUGAGAUAGACGCGCGCACCGGCGAACUCUAUUUGGCGAGACGAUUGGAUUACGAGAUCCAGCAGAGGCACGGUCUCCUGAUAAGGGCCCUGGACGGCGCUGGGCUCUCGGCUAACCUCAGCUUGAGCGUCGAGGUGCAGGACGUGAAUGACAACCCCCCAGUGUUCGAAAGGAACGAGUAUCAUGUGGAGGUUCCCGAAGGCGCCAGGCUCGAUUCCCAGAUUCUUCAGGUAACUGCAGUAGAUCUGGAUACGGGAAACAAUGCGAGACUGAGCUAUCGUCUUCAUGGUUCUGCCGCCUUUCGAAUCAGUUCUAAUACUGGUUGGAUCUACCUGGUGCAAAAUUUGGACCGUGAAACUCUCGAUCGGCACACCUUGACGGUUCUCGCGACCGAUAACGGGUCUCCCGCAGCGACCGCGAGUGCCUCCGUGGUAGUGACAGUUCUAGACGACAACGACAACGAUCCGCGCUUCGAGAGAGAUUUUUACGGAUUCGAGCUGCUCGAGAAUCUUCCGUCAGGCACUCUGGUUGGUUCUGUGAGCGCCACCGAUUCCGAUCUCGGCAAGAACUCGCUUCUCAGAUACGCGGUGGUUCAAGCCAAUAGCAGCUUCACUGUGGAUCCUGACACAGGCGAGAUUACCACGCGCGAGCCGCUCGAUCGUGAAACGAAGGACGUCCAUGAGCUGGUGUUGGAGGCGCGGGAUCAAGGAACACCGUCGAGGGCCGCCAGGGUGCCUUUGAAAAUCACGGUUUUAGAUGUCAAUGACAAUUCGCCUGAAAUCGUCGAUCCUCAAGGGGAUGUCGUUAGCGUUAGGGAGGAGCAACCACCGGGAACGGAAGUCGCCAGAGUGCGAGCACUGGAUACGGAUCUCGGUGAGAACGCUUCGGUGACCUACAGUAUCUUGAAAGACCGAGAUUCAGAUGGUUACAACGUCUUCACCAUCGAUCCGAUCACCGGCAUGAUCAGGACCAAGGCCGUGCUUGACCACGAGGAGCGCAACGUAUACCGGGUGUCCGUAAAAGCGACCGAUGCUGGGCAUUUGCCGCGACACAGUAUCCGUGCGUUGCGAGUCGAAGUCCUGGCACUGGCAGAUAAUCGACCAACCUUCACUAGCAGCAGUCUUACCUUUAACGUGCGUGAGGAUGCAAGUAUCGGGCAUGCGGUGGGAUCGGUGUCGGGGGCGGGUCCUGCGGGUCGCGUGGCCUUCACCUUGGACUCGCUGACGCCGAUCAGCGAGUUUCCUGCUUUCGACGUCGACCGUAGUUCAGGUCAACUAGUGGUCGCGCAUUCCCUUGAUCGCGAGAACGUAAGUGAAUAUCACUUGGAAAUCCGUGCGUUGGACACGACCUCGAUCGGGAAUCCCCAAAGCAUCGCCGUCUCCGUAAAGAUUGUCAUAGAGGAUGCCAAUGACAAUGCGCCGAGAUGGCCACAAGAUCCGAUAACUAUUCGCGUGUCCGAAAGAACUGCGAUUGGCUCGACCAUUUAUAAUCUCACGGCCAGCGAUUUGGACAGUGGUUUGAAUGGCGAUCUUAGAUACGGCCUCGUAGACGAGUUUCCAUCAAAGGGUUGUUUUGCUGUGGAUUCCUUAACGGGUGCUCUGACGCUAGCUAAGCAACUGGACAGAGAGGAAAGGGCGGAUUAUACUUUGAUCCUCAAGGCGUCGGACCGCGCACCUCUAGGAGAGCAAUUAGCCUCCACAGUCACCGCAAGAAUCAUCGUUCUUGAUCAAAAUGAUAAUGAUCCUGUCUUCAUCGCGCCAGAAUCUACCAAGAUAGUCGUCGCAUCGAAUCUUCCGCUAGGUGCGAGCUUGGUAAGAGUCGUCGCCAUAGACAAGGAUUCUGGUGACAACGGUCGAGUGUCUUAUGUGAUAACUUCAGGCAAUGAAGAGGCACGUUUCACUGUGGGCUACGAAUCGGGCAUCGUGAGCCUCGCGAAGCACGUCAUGAGACCCACGGAUCUCGAAAUCACGGCCAAUGAUCACGGAUCGCCACCUCGUAAGGCUGUCUUAAAAUUGAAUUUGAUUCCUGUGACGAUGCAGAUAAACGGGCCUCCUCGGUUAUUAUUGCCCAAUCCCAUCGCCAGGAUUUCUGAGAAUUCACACAUCGGAACGUCCAUUCUGAGCGUUGCAGGACCAGCAAUUGCGGAUCAAGGUAACGUCACCUUCACGAUCCCGAAUGAUGUGGCCUCGAACAAGUUCGCCAUUACGCCUAGUGGUGUAGUCACUCUUCGAGGUUCUCUGGAUCGCGAGAAAGUCGCGCGUUAUUCCGUUUCUAUUCUGGCGAGAUCCAGUAAGCUUUUGGACAUUACUACUCUGGAAGUGAUUGUGAUGGAUGAGAACGACAACAGUCCGGAAUUUCGGCCAGGUUCCUGUUAUACUCUCGCUGUACCAGAAAAUCAGGAAGCUCCCGUGAUCCACACCGUAGCUGCGACUGAUCUUGACGAAGAAAAGAACGGCGAAAUCUUCUACAGUAUCGUAGGUGGCAAUAUCGGUGCCAAGUUCACCCUGGAUCCAAAUACCGGUGUAAUGUCGAUGUCAAAUUUGGAUCGCGAGACCGUAUCCAGAUAUGUACUGACGAUUUCGGCCAAAGACAAGGGAAGACCUAGUCGAGAAGCGCGUUGCAAUCUCACCGUGAUUGUGCUGGACAUCAAUGACAACGCUCCGACCUUUGUGCAAAAUCAAUAUACCGAAUCUCAUGCGCACAAUAGUUUUCCGUACGGAUCGUCAAACUAUCCGGCGAAUUAUUAUCCCGCCAAAUACAUGACAACCAUCUCGGAGGACAUCGCGCCAGACUCGAGCGUAAUGUCCGUAAAGGCAAUAGAUCCAGACCAAGGUGUAAACGGGAAGAUCACGUAUGCCAUUGCCGAAGAGACAAGCUGGCUCUUCAGAGUCGACAACCUGACCGGUGUUAUUACUACGGCCGGUUCACUGGAUCGCGAACGCGAAAACAGCUACACUUUUCAUGUAAUUGCUACAGACAGUGGCAAAUACGAUGCAAAGAGCACUUCGAUUAUCGUCGAGAUCAACGUCAGCGAUGUGAACGAUAACGCGCCAGUUUUUGAGGAAUAUCCAUUUCGGACGCGCGUAUCCAGUGGUAUACAGCCCGGUCAGAAUAUUCUACGGGUAUCGGCCAAUGACGCCGACGAUGGUGCCAAUGGAGAUAUCGUCUACUCAUUCCUGCACGAGCAGGAAAAGCCAAAAUUUCGGAUACACCCCAGCACCGGCGAAAUAACAGCGAGUCUAUCGCUGUCACAAGAUAACGGCAAGAUCUAUCAUCUGGAAAUAUUAGCCAGAGACAAAGGAAAUCCACCAAAGAGCGUCAAGGGUUUAAUCGAACUUCAGAUCGGCGAUUUCGCGGAUCUAGUGCCAGCUCUCAAAUUUCAGAAUGAUACGUACAACGUUGUUGUUCAAGAGAACUCAGCGGCCGGCACAGAGAUCGUUCAGAUCACCGCAGUGCGCACCGAUGGUAGAAGACAGCAUGUAUCCUACUCGAUCGUAUCAGGCAAUGAUUUCGACACCUUCGCGAUCGAUGCAGGUACUGGUUUGUUGCGCGUCAAUAAUCCUACAAGACUCGAUGCGGAGCUCUGGAACGAUCUAACGGUGAAGCCUAGCGACGACUUGCCGGACGAAACGACGCGCACCAAUUCGUGGGGAAGAUCUCUGGUAGAUCAACAACCGAAGGAGCCUAGAGAAAGCUCGAGGCACAUACUCAAUAUCAUGGCAAAAACGGCGGGACCAGACAUCCUGGAGGCGUACGUCAAGGUAAUUGUCAGAUUGUCCGAUGUCAACGAUAAUCCGCCGAUCUUCACGCAAACACAAUACUCGGCUACCGUGCUUGAGGGCAACGCUAAAGGAGAUUUUGUCGUGAAGCUUUCAGCAAAUGAUGCUGACCAAGGUCUGAACAGUAGAAUCUUAUAUCAUAUUGUGGAUGGUAAUCCGGAUAAUGCCUUCACCAUAAGCCCGCCAUAUAGUGGAAUCGUAAGGACCAACAUAGUUUUAGAUCGUGAAGUCCGUGAAAAAUAUAGGCUGACUAUCAUUGCAACCGAUCAAGGAAAUCCACAAUUAACCGGUACAGCUGCAUUGAGCGUGCGAGUAAUCGAUAUCAACGACAAUCAGCCCACCUUUCCAAAACACAGUAUCAUUUCAAUUUCUGAAGGUACAGCCAUGGGAACUGUAUUAACAACCCUUACGGCGAACGACGUUGACAGUUCGCCAGUAUUGACGUAUCGGUUCGGCAACUUGACGAGUCCGGGACCUUUCAGCAUCGACCGAUAUGGCGGCAAGGUCGUUCUACGGAAGCGUCUGGAUGCCGAGACGCGCUCCGAGUACAGUCUUCAGGUGAUUGCCAGCGAUGGAAUUCACGAGGCGACGACCGACCUCACCGUUCGUGUGACCGAUCUCAACGACAACGCGCCGCGAUUCGAACAGACUGUCUACGUGGCUGUUCUCUCAGAAGGACGAGACAAUUUGCAGGAAAUUCUGACUGUAAAUGCCACGGACAACGAUCUUUCGGAGGAGAACAGUCGAAUACGAUAUUAUCUGUUGCGAUCUGUGAAGGGAUUUUCGGUACAUCCCGUGACCGGUGUUCUGACUGUCAAUCGCACAGCGAUACCUAAACCAAUACCGAAAGAAAUGGAUUUGGCGAUCGUCGCGGAGGAUUAUGGCAAGCCUCCGGCAUCGUCGAUAUGCUCAGUUGUUGUACGACUUAGCAGUCUAAAGAACGCCCUUCCAGGACGGGAGUAUAAGAUCAUAGUGAAAGAAAGUUCACCAAAAGGUACAACGUUGAUGAAGUUAUCCGAUGUAGAUUUGUUGGAUGGUGCCAUCGUUUCGGGCGACGAUAGCGGAACAUUCGAGAUAUCUAGGGGCAGACUGAUCCUGUCCAGGACACUCGAUCGUGAGACCAAGGAUAGGUAUGUAUUGCGAUUGAGCAGCAAAAGCGAGAAUAUGACAACAGAUUCACCGAUGGAAGACGAACCGGUAAUAGUAACAAUCAUCGUGGAAGAUGUCAACGACAAUUACCCAUACUUCCUGAAAGAGCUUUAUCAAGUGUCGAUCAAGGAAGAUGCUCCGCGUGGAACUACCAUUGCCGUUCUACGUGCCAAGGACGAUGACUUGAUUGACAGCGCGGCAGCUACGUUGAUGUACGACAUUACUUCAGGAAACGACGGUGGUCUCUUUCGGGUUGAGAGAAUGACUGGCGCCAUCUUGGUGAACUCUACGCUGGAUUGCGACCUCGAGCCCGAAGUCUACAACCUCGUGGUGAUGGCUUGCGACAGCGAUCCGGUAUCGCCUUUCUGUGCACUCACCAUACUUCGUGUUCAUUUGGAAGAUGUAAACGACAACUCGCCAAAGUUUCCCGUUUCCGAAUAUCUCGAGUUUGUCGGCGAAAACGAACCGAUUGGUACGACUGUAUUUUCAGCGCGUGCCUCGGAUUUAGAUCGUGGCAUUUUUGGAUCAUUGAAUUACUCUAUCGUUUCCGCGGCCGCGAGCGGAUUCUCUGACAUCGACGAUAGUUGGAAGCUGUUUGCAGUUGAUGAGAAAUCAGGCAUUAUCACUACUCGCGCCGUAUUCGACUACGAGCAACGGAAUCGGUAUGCUUUCACGUUACGUGCUACAGACAUGGGCGGCCGUUCCGCAGCGGUACGCGUUAGGGUAGAAAUCGAUUCGAGGGACGAAUUCUUUCCGCAGUUCACUGAAAGAAUGUAUAGAUUUGGAAUAAGAAGCGGAAUUCCGAUAUUGCCUGGCACCAUAAUCGGUCAUGUGACGGCAACCGAUCGUGAUAAGGGACCCGAUGGUCGGGUAGUGUACCAACUAACAUCUCAGCAUCCAUAUUUCAAAUUGAAUCGUACUACCGGCGCAUUGAUCGUGAAGCAAAAGUUGAUACAUAUUGAUAUGGGCGUGGAAGAAUCAUCGAGAUUAGUAGUCAGUGCGAGUUCCGGUAGACAGGGUUCCUUGUCUAACAUGACGGUAGUGGAGAUCAUUUUGAUGGACGACAACGAGCCAAAUGGAGUUAAAGGAGCAAUUACAUUAGCGACACCAGAUGUUGGUUCAAAUAUGGCUGUGGCUACUCCCAGUGGCUUGGCAGAUUGGGUUCUAGGAUUGUUGAUUGCUCUCCUUCUUCUCAUUCUCGCCUUUGGCGCCAUCUUCCUCUAUCUUCAUGUUCGUAAUCGUCGUCACAAAAAACCCGGCACGAAACCGGGUCUGAAUGGAGAGAGCAACGCUACUGCGUCCAAUAGCUAUGUAGACCCAAGCGCAUUUGACACAAUCCCGAUUAGAAGUGUGACCGGAGUUGGUGCAAACGGAAACGGCAGUUCCGGAAGCGCCGGAGGAGCAGGCAGCGCAUCGUGUCAAUUUGCUCCUCCGAAGUACGAUGAAAUACCACCAUACGGGACAUCCGGUCAAUGCGGACAACAACAAGCUACCUCCGAGCUUUCCGGAAGCGAUCAGUCAGGUUCUUCUGGCAGGGGUUCCGCUGAGGAUGACGGAGAGGACGAGGAGAUCAGAAUGAUAAAUGAGGGCCAACAAACCGGCGAUUCCGCGAGCGAUCUUUCUGUUCAUAAUACUCAAGAAUAUUUAGCUAGAUUGGGCAUCGUGGAUCCACCAGCUGGCACGCCUAGGAGACCCCCUGAAGCUCUUCCCCUGGACAGUCUACAUCUGUUUGAAGACGAGGCGAGUACUGAGGCGGACAUAGCGACGUUGAUCUAUGGUAAGAUUGGAGAACCUGGACGACCCACUUCGGGUCUGGAAGUACCGGGUGGACCGUCGAUGAAUGGUUCUCUGAGUUCCAUCGUGCACAGCGAGGAGGAACUUACUGGCUCGUAUAAUUGGGAUUACCUAUUGGAUUGGGGACCGCAAUAUCAACCAUUAGCCCACGUAUUCAGUGAGAUUGCCAGGCUGAAAGAUGACGCUGCCAGCGUUCAGAGUGGAAACUCUGGUAGCAGCGGCAAGACUAAGUCUGUACAUAAAGCACCGCCACCGCCGUUGCUUACAUCCGUUGCUCCAAGGUCAUUAGCAGCUCCAGCAUUAGCGAGAGGGAUUUUGCCGAGGUCACCAAUUAGCCACGAUGCCUCCACUUUUCCUUCCGCCGCUCUAAGUCCGAGUUUCUCACCUUCCUUAUCACCUCUGGCUACGAGAAGCCCCAGUAUCAGCCCUCUCGUACCACCCACCACUCAGAGAUCCAGUCAAAGUGCCAACCGAGGAAUUCCCAUUACCGAUGCCGAAUUGAGGAUUUGAGGAUACUUUGAUUUUAUGUUGUGCGUACAAGUUAGUAGUAUUAAUUCAGUGAUGACUCGUCGAGUAAACGAUAUUAAUAAGACAAUACGAUGCCUCGUGUAAAGCAGUGCGCGAAUGAUAUUCCUGUUAAUAUACAUUGUUUAAAUGCGAUUGAAUAUAUGAAUGUUGCUUUCUUAGACUGUGAGUGAUGUAACUUGUGGAUACGGUAUUAACGAGAAAUUCUAAUUUAGGAAUUUUAAUUGGACCGGCCAUUGAAAAAGAAUUUAGUGAUUGAAUUGUUUCCCUCAUUAUACGCAAACGUUGCUUUCUCGCAAACAAUUUUUAUUCUUAAUUAAUUAAAAAAAUAUUGACUAGAUAAUUUCAAUAUUCAUAUAUAUAUAUAUAUAUAUAUAUAUAUAUAUAUAUAUAUAUAUAUAUAUUAUUGUACAGGAUGAUAAGAAUAACAUAUCUCACUCAUAGAAAUGAAACAGUAAGCGGGAAAGCGGCGAUUGUGUCUCGACGAUUCCGUAUUUGUUAUACAAUAUGGAUGCAUCUUUUGUUCGGAUCACAAUCAAUAGCUAACUGAAAGGAAAUAUUUCUUCCUGAACGGAAUGUUUGUAAAUAUUCGCCGGCUGCGACGGUGUUUAGUCAUUAAGUAGCAUUGUAAAUAUUAAUUCACGUGAAUAAUGAUAUUGUCAUAAUCAAAAAGAUAGACUGUUCUUAACUGGAAACUGUAAAUGAUCGCGCCGUGUUUGUGUGUCAAGUUGCGUGAAUGUGUACAGUAAUAAUCUACUUUUAUAAUAUUGAAUUGAUAUACGAAUAUGGCGAUAUCAUUCGAAUCGAAAAAACGCGCUAUUACGAGCGAACUGAUCACAUCGAAUUUCGUUUUAGCGCAUCUCUAAAGCCACCUGUAUAAUUUCGUUGAUUAAUUGUUACUUCAUUCCUGUCUUCCGAGCGUAAUUUCGAUGUAACGGAGGAUGAAAUUUUAGCCCGGUACAUAUAUACAUAUGCACUGAUUAUAUAUAAAUAUAUGUCAUAUUUUGUAUAAAUCGCUCUGUGUACAAAGACUCUGCCGAGCCAAGGGCCUUACCGCGAUGUGGGCCUUAAAUAAAUGAAUUUUUUAGGAA